AAAACGUACCACGAAUGAAACGACCACGUUUAGUUAUUUAGUAGAGCGGAGAAGGAUUUGCGAUUGGAAGUGGAAACGGAGCUCAGUGCAUAGUCAGUUAGUCACAGUACUAAGAAACCCAGUGAGCCGCACCGCACCGAAACAAACCUCUGCUACAGAAACCCUAACCCCAAUCCCAAUCCCUCACCGACAUGGACGGCGACGACGAGACCUCGGGUCCGAUGAUCGACGAAAUCUACGCCAACGGCGGCGACGAAGACGGCGAGAAGCGGAGCCGGCGGGCGAUCAUCAGCGGCGAGCAGCUGGAUGUGGAAGCGUACGCUGGGCUCUACGCGGGUCGCACGAAGAUCAUGCGGCUGCUCUUCAUCGCCGCCAGGAUGAACCCGCCGAUGGAGCUGGAGGCGCUUCGCAUGGCGUACGAUGAAAUCAAGAAGGGGGAGAACACGCAGCUAUUGAGGGAAGUGGUGCAGAAGAUCGGUGGGAGGUUGGGGCCAAACUACGAGAUGGACGGGGCUUGGUGUGACGCCGUUGAUCGAAGGGCUGAGCAGAAGAAGGACAAGCUCGAUAACGAGCUCAAUGCCUAUAGGACAAACUUGAUUAAAGAAAGCAUAAGAAUGGGAUACAAUGAUUUUGGAGACUUUUACUAUGCUCAUGGUCAAUUGGGGGAUGCUUUUAAAAGUUAUGUCCGUACCCGGGAUUAUUGCACCACAUCAAAGCAUAUUAUUCAUAUGUGUAUGAGUGCGAUUCUGGUCAGCAUUGAGAUGGGUCAAUUUCCUCAUGUUACAAGCUAUGUUGGCAAGGCAGAACAGGUACCAGAAGCCCUUGACCCAAUAACGGUUGCAAAGCUACGAUGUGCUGCAGGAUUGGCAAAUCUAGAGGCCAAAAAGUACAAGCUUGCUGCCCGAAAGUUUCUAGAAACAGGCCCAGAACUGGGAAAUCACUAUAAUGAAGUAAUUGCACCUCAAGAUGUUGCAACGUAUGGAGGACUUUGUGCACUUGCUACAUUUGAUCGGACAGAGUUAAAGAACAAAGUUAUAGACAAUUCCAACUUCCGGAAUUUCUUAGAGUUAGUACCUGAAGUAAGGGAACUGAUAAAUGAUUUUUACUCAAGCCACUAUGCAUCAUGUCUAGAAUACCUCGGGAACCUCAAAGCAAACCUAUUACUUGAUAUACAUUUGCAUGACCAUGUUGAGACACUUUAUGAUCAAAUCCGUCACAAAGCCCUUAUCCAGUAUACGCAUCCAUUUGUUUCUGUUGAUUUGAACAUGAUGGCUAAUGCAUUCAAGACAACUGUUGUUGGACUUGAGAAAGAACUUGAAGCUUUGAUUACUGAUAAUCAGAUACAGGCUCGAAUUGAUUCGCACAACAAAAUUUUGUAUGCACGGCAUGCAGAUCAAAGGAAUGCCACCUUUCAAAGGGUUCUGGAAACUGGAAGGGAAUUUGAUCGUGAUGUUCGAUCUAUGUUGCUGAGAUCAAAUCUAAUCAAGCAUGACUACAAUCUGAGGGCAUCAAGGAAACUUUGAUAUGGAUUCAAUGGGAGGAAGGUUGUUCUUUUAUAUAUUCACAGGCAUUGGUAAAGUGUAAUGGAGCAAGUUUCUGCACUGAAGUUAAAGUUUGUCUUACCUUGUGGUAGGUUGAAUCAAGGUUGCUGUAACGACAUAUUAUGAUUGCUUUUGUAUAUACUCUUUCAUAGUUUAAACUAAUUUGUCACACUAUCUUCAUUUCUUUCUUUCUUUCUUUGCUUAUUUAUUGUUAUUCCAUUAGAUAGAACACCUCUUUUUUGUAACUUCAUUGUGUAGAACAUACUUGAGUCUUGAU